AUGAAUUUGGGGUUAACGACUAAACCAAAACCGGUGAAUCCGGACACCUGGUUUGUGACCAAUCUCAACAAAGGUACUGUCGCUUGUGCCACUUGUUAUCAAUUUUAGAUAUUGUUUUUAAGUAUAACAGUGUGCCUAAUGUAUAUUUAUAUCAGGGGCUGUAAUUUUGUAUUAGGUUCUGCAUACCAUGUGACCCAUAUUAUGAAAGACAAUUACAGUUUUCUUGUAGGAUUCCGAUUACUAGGAAGUUUGAUUUCGAAAAGUCCCACUUUCUGGCUGGGCCUAUCAACCUUAGUUACCCUAAUAUGCUCUACGAGUAUUCUCUUCACUCCUUUGACCAACGAUGUCGCUGAUUUCACUCCAAAUGGAGCACGGGCAAGAAAGGAAUUACAGGUAUGCAUACCUCAAUAUCUGUUAGCCUUUUGAAAAUUGUAUUUCUUACAAUUUUGAUUUAGAAUCUUUUUUUGUAUUUCUUUAAAGAUUUGGUGAUAUACUUCCAGGUAUACAAAGACUUUUUCUCAAAUGCUGGGGAACCAGUGACUUUAUUUAUUUUUGUUGUGGCCAAGAACCAAGGCAAUAUGUUAGGAGUUCACGAGCUUGAAGAAACUGUUAAAGUAAGCAUUUCUCUAAUUACAAGUUUUUAAGGUUAUUGUUGGGCCUUUAUUGAGCACUGUGACCCUUUUUUUUAUCUUUAGGUAACUAAAACCUCGUUUUUAGAUUUUAAAUAUGAUUUCGGACAAGAUUACUUUGGACAACCCAAUCACUAAUCAGAACUUGACUUUUAAUCAAUUUUGUAAUAACUUCUGCACCAUCAAUGAACCAGUACGACACUUCUAUGUAAGUAAUAUAACUUAUAAUGUAAAAUAUAGAAAUUUUAUUUUUUGUUAUUUCACUGUAAAAUAAUAGAACAUCUUUACAAUUAUUAUGUUUUAGAACGGUUUGCUAGUUGAUACUCAAUUUGGAAAUGAAUCUGAACACAUCGACCUCAGCUACCCAAUCACUACAGUACUCGGCCGAAAACUUUAUAUGGAUCCAAACUUUUUUGGGGUAAAAGUAAGUCAAAUCAAGGGCUAUCAUAUACCUUAUAAGUUACACUUACAGUAGUGUUUGUAUUUACAAAAAUGAUUUUAAUUCAGAUAGCCACGAGGAUUGGGAACCAAACUAAAACAAUGUCGGUGAACGAGCUACGAUCAGCUACUGGUCGAUCUUUGAUUGAUAAGGAAAAGGUAAGCGCAAGAUAAAGUAGUUUUUUAAUUUAAAAAAUAUUUUAAUUGUUAUUACUGUAUUAUAUUAUUUAAGCAGAGUAGUGUGCCAUUAUUAAAAUCAAUUACAGAUCCAUGUCAAGAAUAACAUGCGAGAAAUCAAGCUUGUUGGACUACAAUUUCGGGCUGAAUUUUCUAAAAAUUUCAGUAAAAAGGCUGUUAGAAAAUGGGAAAAUGAUGUGAUUGCUUAUGCCAGAAAGUAAGAUAUCAUAAGUUACAAAUUAUAUUGAUUACUAAAUUUUAAAGUACUACACUAUACUCUUUCAUAGUAUUAUAUUAUACUUGUUAUGUAGUUCAAACAGGUUUUACUAUCAUCAAUCAUAUUUUGACUCAUUUUGAAAAUUAAUCGUUUAGCUACAAGAGUGAGUACGUUGAAGUACUAGCAAUGAGCGAAAGCUUUCUGACAGACGAAGUGGUACGAUCUGGAUUGUCAUUGGUGCCGUUCUUGGCCAUAGGCUUUACCAUCAUGUCCAUCUUCUCUAUUGUCACCAUGAGUGCCGCUGCCAUCUAUAUGCGACAAAUGAGUGCACAAAAGGUAAAAUUUUCAGAAGUUUGAAAUAUGAAACUUAACCUAUUACGAGACCUAGCUCAGUAGUUCUUAUACAAGCUAAUAUAAUUACAAUAUUACGUCAUAUACUGUUCAAUCUAUAACAUACCAAAUAAACUCAUUUUUGCCAAUUUCGUAAUUUACUGUUUUCAGAUUAUUCUAGCCGUUAUGGCCUGUGUAUGCCCAUUUAUGGCUUGUGGUACCGCAUUAGGACUUAUGUUCUGGUGUGGGUUCAGGUUUGGCUCCAUUCUAUGCGUAACGCCGUUCUUAGUAUUGGCAAUUGGAGUGGACGAUGCUUAUCUCAUGGUUAACUCCUGGCAAAGGAUUAGACAUAAAAUGAGAAAAGAGCACAAUAAGGUAGAUCUGAAGGAACUACUGCUACAAGUGAUGGAGGAUACUGGCGCUUCUAUCACCAUCACCACCUUGACCAACGUCUUGGCCUUCUUGAUCGGAGCCAUGACUCCGACGCCAGAAAUUCAGUUGUUUUCGAUAGGAAAUGCUUUGGCCAUCGUUAUUGACUAUGUUUAUCAGGUAAUCUUAAAUUUAGUAUCUUCCCACUUUAGUAAUUGUUUUCAGUGGACUAUCUUUGGCUCAGUCAUGGUAAUUACCGGUCGAUUUGAAAACAACGACGAAAAAGCCCUAGGACCAGUAGAUGGCACCAGCUUUGGCCAGAAAUGGCGUUCUUUUGUUAAGACGUUCUUUAGCAAGUAGGUACUUACAUAAGAUAACAUACCUUUUACUAUGCCAUCGAGUUAGAGGCCUUAUGUAUUUUUAUAUCUUUUACAGUCAUGAUUUUCAUUACCACAGAACAUUUCACUAUACGCAUUUAAUUUUUUUUUUGAAUUGUGUUUUAUGAAUUUAAAUUUAGAUUUCUGGAUGUAUACUGUAAAAUCCUAACGAAUACCGUGGCUGUAUCAGCUGUGAUAGCCGUAGUAGCUGGUUACAUGUACAUAUCUUUGUACGGUGUGCUACAAAUCAAGGCUGAACUGAAGCCAGAACAACUCUUCAUUGGUGAUUCGGAUGUUAUAAAAGUAUGUUAGUUUUUUAAAUGAAAAAUAAUUUCAAUAUACGACAAACGUGAUCUUAAUAUCUUCUCUAACGCAAUAAAAGCACAAUAUUUAGAUAUGAUUUUGAACUUCCUCACCAAUAACAUACACAUAACCAAUAUUUACUAAUAAAAUGCCAAAACUCACUUUUCAGAUUCUCGACCUUCGCAACAGGUAUAUUACUCCCUUCUACACCAUCUGCAUCGUGUUUGUCAACAACCCCGGCAACUUCAGCGACCCCUCCAACAUGCAACGGCUGUCACAAAUGGUGGCCGACUUCGAGAGCCUGCCAUCCUCUUUAGGGCCAUUCUCGACCAAAUUCUUCCUCCGAGAUUACGAAGAAUUCGUGGAAUCUUCAGAAGAGACGGUCAAGGAUCUGUCAGAAGAACUGGCAGAGUUCGAAGAGACUGUCAAAGAGAAUGGCAAGGAAAACGAGCUGACACAAUUCCUGGAAUGGCCAGAGUUCCAGUUUUGGAAGGGAUUCGUGAGGCUGGAACAGGCGAUGGACAAAGAUAAUCAGUAAGCUUUGUAGGUCUAUUUACAAGGAAAGUACCCAACCUUCAACUCUCAGAAUUAGCUCAAAAUUUUUACAUUGAUUCUUUGUAGUACCAAUAGCACAUAUAAAAAAUUUUAGCUUGCGGUUUUAAGUUUUAAAAUUAAUAUAUUUAAAUUUCCCGCCAAUUUGGCAACUUUGGCAUUGUGUUGCAAGCACUUUUUUUGAUGUUCCAAUUGAUGAUAAGAUACGCUUACAAAUUUAAAAUUUUAGGUUCAUUUGAAGCUUUUCUAACAUUAUAUUAAAUAAAAUUUGUCAAAAGUCAAAAAAUGACAAAGUUAAAAGCUUGAAACACUAUGCCAAUUUGGAGGGAAAUUCAAAACGCGAUUUUUCGAUCUUGAUUUUCUCAACAGUGACCGCAAACCGCAACUUAGAAUCUUGCAUAAGAUCUUAUAAUUACAUGAUCUUUUAAUAAAAAAAAUGUGAACGAAAUCUCAGCGUUGCAGGUCGGGUACCUUCCUUGUUAGUUUAUCAAACGGUAACUUUAUUUUUACCCUGAAUACUAAAGUAAGGCGAAUUUUCUCUCGGUUUACCCAAAAAUAAGAUAAGAGACUUACUUUGUCCUUUUAUUCUUAAUUUGAGGCACAUUUAACAGUCUUCCAUUAGUUUGUUUAGAAUUUAAUAAUCAGCUACAAGAUUUUGUUUUUUAAUUUCGAAAUCUUCCAACAUAAUAUUUGAAUUUCCAGAAUAAUUAGAUCGCAGUCUGCGCCCAUUUUCUGUUUUUGAUACAAGAUUUUUAAUUUUGUCGCCAACUGAAGCUAUUUUUUCAGUGUUCAUACCAAUCUGACAAGGUUCUUCUUUACCACAGCGUCUCAUGGCAAUGAACUUCGGGACUGGUCGAAUCGGGCCAAACUUCUGGAAGAAUGGAGGAAAGUCGGGGAUUCCGUGAGUUUUGAGAAUUUGUAAUCAAUAUAAACAAUAUUAUUGUAUAAAAAUUACUUGCUCUAGCUAUCGUUUGCUAAUUCAAAGUUGCAUUAUUUUGUCGACAUCUCACUUUUCAGUAUCCCGAGUACGAGUUGAGUGUGUUUGAAGAUGAUGCCAAGUUCUUGGACUUGAUCCCGACCAUGAUUCCACAGACCUUACAGUCUUCUUUGUGUACUUUAUUGUGCAUGGCUGUCGUAUGUUGUUUGUUUAUACGACAACCGACUGCCGUGUUUGUGGCCAACUUCUCCAUCUUCAGUACUUGUGUUGGUAUGUUAUGUUAACUUUUAUGAUAUGAAAUUGAAGAUUGUUUUAGCUAUUCUAGUGGUGUAAGGGUAUCUUAUACUAAUAUAUUACAAGUUUAGCUGUCUUUAUUUUACAAUAUUCCAACAUCUAUUUACUGCUUUCAGGUGUCUUCGGUAUCUUGUCGUUGUGGGGCGUGGAUCUCGACCCGAUUGUAAUGAGUGCCGCCAUUAUGUCAAUUGGUUUCUCCGUCGACAUCCCGGCUCACAUAUCGUAUCAUUACUACAAAACAGGUACGUAAUUCCUCGGUUUACUACAAGAACACGUUCAUGAGUAAUUUAUGUUUGACUUUAAGGACGUUCGUAUGAGUUGUUAGUCACGAUAAGAGUGAAUGAAAGGAAAAUAUAGAAAACAAUUCUUAUAAAACAUAUAUGUUUAUUGUUUAAGUAGGUUAAGGUGAAAUGAAAUGGCAAUAUUAAGAAACAGUUAAUUAAAAUAUAUUUGCAUAUGAAGCGAGUGCUUUCUGAAUUGAAUUUUUAUACUAAAAACACCUUAAAGUCACGACUUGUUUAAGGAAUUGACGGAAAGCACAGUAAAGUAGAAGAUCGCUUGAAAGAAUGCCUGCAGCACAUUGGUUUUCCCGUUCUGGAAGCCGGUAUCUCUACUAUAAUAUGUGUGCUCAGUCUGACGCUGGUCGAACUGCACAUGGCCAAGGUCUUUGCCAAGACGAUGGUGCUGGUGGUGGGAAUUGGACUGAUCCACGGUCUUCUGGUCAUACCUUCGAUGUUCUACCUCAUCUCGCUGAUCCCAUUCCCUCAGGCUAGGCCUCGGCAGCAAGUGCAAGCCGUCAAACUGAACGAUGCAAUCAACCUAUCCUAA